AUGGCAUCAGGCCAGCCCUCAUCCUCGAGAUCGAGGACGCCAAGCCCACCGCCCUAUUCUACAAAUCUCCGGCCCCGUCGGGGGGGAGCACCGUCAACACUCAGCAUCCCCUCAUCGGAUUCAUCCAGCGACGAUGGAUACCGCAUGAGCCCCGCCGCUGCCCGCCGCUUCGCCAGACGCAACAUGCGCCGGGCUUCACCCACGCCCGACCUGGUCACGAGCCUUGUCCGGCCGCCGCCGUCUCCCGACUCGUACUACAGCAACAUGGCCGCCGGAAACGUCGCGCCCAUGCAUGCGCCUACGCCCCCGCCGCCCCGACACAGCCUCGGGCAACAGCAGCAGCACCAACAGCAGCGUAGUAACCCCCGACCCUACAACUCCCCGGCGCGCAGAUCCGGCCCGGCCCUGGUCCCGCACCCUUCGUCGCUCGACAUACCGUCCAAGUACGGCGGCGAGGCCGUCCUGGACAUGUACUCCCUGACCUACGUGACGGAACCCGACGCGACGCUGCUCUGCCCCAUCUGCCACGACCCCAUGAUUGACCCUGUCACCACGCCAUGCGACCACACAUUCUGCUACCGAUGCCUCCGGCGCAGCAUUGCCUCCAGCCCCUCGGGAACCGCCUGCCCGGUCGACCGAGAUCCCCUCGCGUGGUCCGAGUGUGUCAGCGCCGGGAGGCUGGUGCGUGCCCAGCUCAACGGCCUCUUGGUGCGGUGCCCGAACCGCUCAAGGGGAUGCGUCCAGGAUCUCAGGCGCGAGGCUGUCGAGACUCAUGCCAACUCCGAGUGCCACUUCAGGGAGUACCCCUGCCCGGACCCGGACUGCACCAAGAAGCUGAUGGGGAAGCCUGGUUCCGGUGCCGCCGCCGAGAGCGAGCACGACGACGACGGCGGCGGCUCCUCUUUGCUGUGCCGUCACAUCGCCACCCGCUGCCGCUACUGCGACCUCGAUAUGGAUGAGGCCGACCGCGAGCGUCACCUCCUCACCGCGUGCCCUAGGUCCAAGACGCGCUGCUUAUUCUGCUGGCAGCUCGUCUGCCGGUCCUCCAUGCCUGCGCAUCACGAGAUGGACUGCGAUGGCGUCCAGGUCGCCUGCUCCUUCCAGGACGUCGGCUGCCCCGUCCGCGUCGAGAGGGGUGACCUGGCCCACCACCUGGCCGAGUGUCCCUUCCACCCGGAGACAGCCUCGGGCGCCGUCAUCCGUUCCCAGCGCGACCUCCUCCAGACGUACAGCAGCCUGGGGGGCCAGCUGGAAGAUUUCCGCCGCCAUCGGGAAGAUGCCUGGCAGCAACGGUUCGACGACGUCGACGAACACAACAUGUCGGCCCCGCCAGCCCGACGCAGCACUGCCUCGGCCGCAGCAGCAUCUGUGACCGGCGCCGGUGAGUCUUCGGGUGCCUCGCAUAUGAGUGACAGCCACCACCGCACAAUGCAGGACCUCGACGCCGGCUUCGAAGAGGUCCACCAGAACCUCACCCACCUCGAGGCCCGCCAGAGCAUGUGGACCCUCAACCAGGUCAUGCCCAUCCGCGAGGAGGUCACGGAGCUUAGGAACAACAUCAACAUGAUGCGCAUGCACGUCAACUGGCUCCUCAACAGGAGCAGAGAAGAGGGCCGUAUCCGGGCUGCGGCCAACAGCAGCACCAACGCCGCCGCCGCGACAGCGUCGUCCAACGCUGCUUCUGCUGCGGCGGCCGCCGCCAUACGCCGCGAUAACAGCUCGACUGACGGGUCAUCGUCGGGGGGGUUGCCGGCUGCGUUCACGGCUCGGUGCUCCACGGAAGCCAUAGUACCGUCGGAACCGUCCCAGGCCACCACCUCAGCAGCCCACCGCUUAAAAUGGCCCGGACCCUCAACUACAGGCAGCAACGACCACUGUAAACCACCUACCAAAUCCCCGCAUCUAGUGCGUGCCCAUCAACCGAAGGACCUGCCCCCCCCCACCACUGCCACCGAGCACCUGCAAGAUCCUAGAGCGCCAGCAAGUUAUCGGCCUGGUGACCUCACACUAGCAAUCACCAAGACGAUCGACCGCAAACCUCGAACCGACGCCAUCCCCUCCAACAUAGAUCAUCGCAUUCUCUUCUUCCCCCUCUCCCCAAAGACGCCCGCCUUCACAUCUUCUGCUCCGGGAUCCGAAGAGAGCAGCGCCGACGGCUCGAAACCUGCCGCCGCGUCGUCGUCGCAGGCACCAGCUGCGGCCGCGACUGCGGCGCCAUCAGCCUCCUCCUCAACCGCCUCCUCUCCCAAUCCUCUCUCCAAGCCCGGUCCCGGUCUCCAGGAGAAACGGCCUGCCACAGGCAGCUCAUCAGGUACACUCCGCCCCUGCCCCCGCAAGCGGCCUGCGUCAGACGUUGUUGACGAUGAUGAUGGUGGCUCACCAGCCGAUACCGCUUCCGCUUCCGCUUCCGCGCCCGCGCCGCCGGCGCCUGCAGUGCGUAAGCCGAACCCCCAAACCGUCGAGACCGAUGAGGACUACGCCAAUCGCACCCUCUCGCACAUAUUCCGCAUCACCGUAAACCCCCACAACAUGUCGACCCCGACGGGCCAGCGCCUCACAUUCCUGCCCGGCCUGAACCAGGAGCUCAACGAGGCCGGCGACCCCCUCAAGCUCACCACAGCCAACCUCGACCAGGCCAUACUCGAAGCCGCGGGCAGCUGGCCCAAGGACAAGCCCCUCAUGGACUACCUCCUCCCCUGCUGGAAGCGCGCCGUCAAGGCUGCCUCCGUAUCGAGGGUGUCGGGGGGGGCCAGGCAGGAGGUUCACGAAGAGUCGAAGCGCUUGGCGAUCAGCAACUGUCUCUUCUCGCUAACCCUUCCUGACCUCUACGGGCGCGAAUCGAACCCCCAGCUGGAUUCUCUGGUGCCGUAUAUCCUGCGUGGUAUCCUCGACGAGAAUGGCCUCGACUUUGAGUUCUACAAGGAAGCCAUCAAGAAGUUUGAUGAUGACGAAGCAAUCCCCGCUCUGUUCAACAAUGCCAUGGUCCAGAUCAGCUCCCGUCUAUCCACCAUGUCUAUGAACCACGAUUACAAGCCCUAUGUUCAGGCCCUCCAAACAUACACCCGCUUCCCCGCCCUCACUGUCAACCUAGCCAAACUCCCUACAUUCAACAUGGCCCAGUCGGCCCCCGGCAUCGAGCGGCAUACGCUGCUGGGCCCGUUCUUCCGACUGUCGCCGCUGCAGGGGGAGGUGAUCCGCAGCUAUUUCCCAGGAUCUCGCACCCUUGACCGGGCGCGCAUCACCAACUCGCAGGAUGCGCUCCGCAUGGUUCUGAGGGCGCACCAGGACGAUCUCUUCGCCAUAUCGAACGCCUUCAUCCGCGCCGGUACCGAGACUCGGGGUCGGACGCUGGACUGGUUCGCCUACAUCAUGAACACGAACCACAUGAGGCGGGCCAUGCAGGUGGACCCGCGGGAGGUGGCGUCGGAUGGCUUCAUGAUGAAUGUGACGACUAUCCUGGACCGCUUCUGCGAGCCGUUCAUGGACAACGACUUCAGCAAGGUGGACAAGAUUGACGUGGGCUACUUCAAGCGCCAGCCGCGCAUCGACAUCAGUGACGAGACCAAGAUCAACGCGGACCAGGCAACGGCCGACGAGUUUUACAGCCACAGGGACGAGUCCGGGGAGUCGUCAAAUUUCAUCUCCGAGGUCUUCUUCCUCACCCUCGCCGCCCAUCACUACGGCAGCGAGGCGGCCAACUCGCAGCUCAAGAACCUCGACCGCGAGAUAAAGUAUCUCGAGAAGCACAUCAAGGCCAUGGAGGCCGAGAGGUCCAAGGUGGCCAAUUCCCCCCACCAGCUCAGGCUGUUCGAGGAGACGCUCAAGCGCCACACAAACGUGCUCGAGCGCACGAUUGCCCUCAAGUACGCCAUCGAGGGCGUUCUUCUCGAUGAACGCAUGCAGAGCACGUCGCUGCGCUUCAUGCGCUACGUGGCCGUCUGGCUACUGCGUCUGGCUACCGGAUCUGACUACCGCCCUGGAAAGGAGAGCGAGAUCACGUAUGCAUCUUUUAUCUUUAUUCUUAUUUCUGGACACGUUCACCCGAAACUGCUCGAGGGAUUCCUUCUAACGAAACGCAAAACAGCCUUCCGCUCGCGGUGGAACGCAACAGCGCAUUCGCAUGCCUCCCGGAGUACUGUCUGCAAAACAUUGUGGACAAUUUCAAAUUCAUCUUCCGGCGAAGAGCUGAUCGCUCUCGGAAUCACGCUGUUGAGGUCUGGCGAGUACAUCAGGAACCCGUACGUCAAGUCGUCGCUGGUGACGCUACUCUUCUCGGGGACGCUCCCGUUCAUGCACCUUAAGAAGGGUGUCUUGGGAGACCAGCUCAUCUCGAUGAAGUUUGCCAACGACUACCUGCUACACGCUCUCAUGAAGUUCUACAUCGAGUGCGAGUCGACGGGGGCCAACAACCAGUUCUACGACAAGUUCACGAUCCGGUACGAGAUCUUCCAGGUGAUCAAGUGCGUGUGGGUCAGCGACGUGUACAGGCAGCGCCUGACGCAGGAGAGCAAGGUGAACAAGACGUUCUUUGUCAAGUUUGUCAACAUGCUGCUCAACGACGCGACGUACGUGCUGGACGAGGCCUUCACCAAAUUCCCCAAGAUCCGAAGCAUCGAGCGAGAGCUGGAUGACCCGUCGGUGCAGGGGGAAGCACGGCAGAAGAAGGAGGAGGAGCUGCAGUCGCUGGGCAACCAGGCGACGUCGUACAUGCAGCUGGCCAACGAGACGCUGGAGAUGAUGAAGCUCUUCACGGAGGCGCUCGGCGACGCCUUCACGAUGCCGGAGAUCGUCAUGCGUCUGGCCAGCAUGCUCAACUACAACCUGGAGACGCUGGCGGGCAAGAAGGCGGCGGCGGAGCUGAGCGUGUCCAACAAGGACAAGUACCACUUCCGGCCAGUGCAGCUCAUCUCGGACUUUGUCGAGAUCUACCUGAACCUGGGGUCGGCCGAGGUGUUCGUCAAGGCGGUGGCGGCCGACGGUCGUUCGUACAAGCCCGAGGUGCUCGACCGCGUGUCCCGCAUCCUCACGUCCAAGCAUCAGAUGGACCCGGUCGACGUCGCGCGGUGGGACAAGCUCAAGUCGCACUUCCUCGAUGCUAAGAAGAUCAUGGAGCAGACGGAGCUGGACCUCGGCGAGAUCCCGGCCGACUUUGAGGACCCCAUCAUGGGAGACCUGAUGCAGGAUCCG